AUGAUAAUACCCAGAACUUCAUCGAUUUUAUAUACAAUUUUAUUGUGUCUUGCUCUUGUAGUGGUAGUUUUAAAUUCGGGAUUUGUGAGAGCAAAUACUCAAUCUAGUUUACUUUAUCCAAUUGAUAAUUUACCAACAGAAAAAUCAUCAGAAGCCUUUGUAACAAUACUUGAUGAUGAUUCACAUUUAGCUGCUGUACGUGUUAUUCAUAAAAGCGUACGAGAGACUAAAUCAACCCAUCCAUUUGUUGCAAUCGUAACAGAUAGAGUUAGCGAGAGAAGUAAGAAAGUUCUUAAGGAGGACAAGAUUACUAUUAUUCAUGAAAUUCCUUCAUCAAAGGGACAAAUUUACCCAUACAUCUUUUUGUGGUAUUUGGAAAAGUAUGGCUUUAACAAUGUCAUCUUCUUGAGUACAGACGUUCUAGUUAAACGUAAUAUUGAUAGUUUAUUCAAGUGUAAAGGAAAGGUUUGCGGAACAAAUUCAAUGACCAUUCCUGAUGACUUGGAUACCUUCUUUAUGGCUAUUAAACCAAGUAUUGCUACUUUUGAUGAUAUGAUUGCUAGAGAAGAAGAGGUUCUCAAGAAGGCCUACGAUAGAAACGCUCAAGCUUUCUUGAAUACUUAUUAUAAUUGGAGAAUUGCGGAAUAUGCUGAUGAUACAAUGCUUGAAGAGGGUAAUACCAAGGCAGAUGGUCUUGUUAGAUUACCAGUUCACUGGAAUGGAUUUGAACCUCUUUAUUAUACAUACAGGCCAAGUUGGGAUUACAUGGUUAAUCAAGGUAUGAGAAUCAUUAACUAUAACUUUCUUUAGAGUUUAUGAGAGAAAGUAUGGAAAUAUUCAAAGUAGCACUCAAAAUGAAGAAGAGUUCAAAGGAACAAAAUAUAAUUAAUUUAUCGAAAAUAAAUUAGAUUUACAAAACAUGAGUUUGCAAAUUAGAACAUUUUUCCAAAAUGAUGGUAUCAUGAUCCCAAUUCAUUCUUCCUAACUUUUGAAUGUUUUCAUCGAGUCUUUCUUUGUGGAAGAAUAAAGGAACACCUCUUUUAAGGUUCUUAUCUUCUUCUCCAUGACUAUCUAGGUAUGGGGAAUGCAAAAUUCCUGAUCUACUUUCGUGCAUAAGCAAAAUUCUCGAUGAUUUAAUAACAAGGAAGAGUCCAAAUCCAGAAUAUUUCUCCCUGGUAUAUCUUGUAAGCUUACCACAAAUGUGCUUCUCACAUGUGCAUUGCUUCAGCCAUACUAAUUCUCCAGUGAUUAAACAAAUGGCAGGAUUUUCCAAUUUCUUGGAACAGAGUGGGCAUCUUUCAUUGUUAUGCUUGAGAAUGAGAUCUUCGUAUAAUCUUGGUAGCUCAAUAAAGCUGAAAGGUUUUGGAGUUGCAAAGCAAGGUAUCAAAGAAUCAGCUUGACUAGCAUACAAAUCUUCAUCAUCUUCAUCUUGUGUUUCUUCAUUGAGGGCUUUUGAAAGACUUUGCAUGGACAAUUUAACUUGAUCAAUCCAUUUAGUUAUCAACUCAGAAUAAGGGUUAGAUUCUCUAAUCAUUACCAAAAGGUUAUCUACUGUUGGAAGGUGGAGAUAAUUCGUCAAAUUUACAUGUUCAGAGCUUGAGGUUGGAAUUUCUUCUUCUGGGAAAAGUAACGAAUAAUACAGAGCAACUCUUCUUAAGAAACCGCAGGACAUUUUAGCAAUUUCAUCUUCAGAUAAAAUAAUGUCAGUUUCAAGGGUUCUGAGUUCAAAUCUUUCAAAUAUUGGAAUAUUCUCUAUUGUGGAGAUUUCCUUAUCAAUAGAUGGAAUGCCUGUACUAAAUGAUUGUUGAAGUCUCAAGUUGCAUUGCAUAAUUAUCUGAAUGAUAUGUGAUGUAUAGAAUACCAUUAACAAAUCUCUGAACAUUGCUGAAUCCAUCUUUCUUUCAGAUGAGAAAAGCAAGGUUGUUAACCUCACAAAUAGUGUAAACAUGUCUCCACUCAAGAAUGGAAGAUACAUCUUUCUUUCUCUAAAUCCUUCAUCAUAAAGGCUCAAAUUUGCAUAGGAUUUCAAGCCCAUCAUUGAACCAACUACUGCAUUAAUUUCUUGAAGAGUCUUUCCUCUAUUCUUUUCAUUAAGUUGUUGGAAUGAAAUGAGAAGACCAAAUACGUGGCUGAGGGAUUUUCUGACUGCUUCAGGCAAUACUUGUAAAUGUGGUUGACUUCUUUGAAGUAUUUCCUCUACAGCGAUCUCCGAACUAAACGUAUUGGAAAAGUAUGCCGAAUCAAUCAACUCAAAAGGUUCAAUAUCAACUGGCAUUGGAUCGAGAGUAUCACCCAAGUCUUCUUUCUUCUUAUUAAUAAUUUUCUCACAAAUAGUUGAAAGAGUAGUGGAAGUUUUCACAUCUUCUGCCUUGUCCUUAACCUUAAUAUCCUUCAUGAAUGAAGCGAUUGUUUCAAGUGAUGGUAAUUCUGUUGAUACAGAAUUGGAUGAUUGGAGCAAAUUGGCAUGAUUUGAAACAAUUGGGCAGAGACAAUUUGCCACUCUAGAACAAAUUGGACAGAGUAUUUCCAUACUUUCCAAAUCUAUUUGACCAAAACCUUUAAAUCUUCUUCGUCUAGAUUCUUCUUGAACAAGAUUU